GUGAGACUCAGACAGUCGUUGUCACUGAGCGGUAAAAUGGCGCAGAAAGGAGUUCAGCUGGACCGGGAAACCUUCUCUUGUUCCAUCUGUCUGGAUCUACUGAAGGAUCCGGUGACUACUCCCUGUGGACACAGCUACUGCAUGAGCUGUAUUAACAGUUUCUGGGAUGAAGGGGAUGAGAAGGAAACCCACAGCUGUCCUCAGUGCAGACAGAGCUUCACACCGAGGCCUGUCCUGCUGAAAAACACCAUGUUAGCAGAUUUAGUGGAGGAGCUGAAGAAGACUGGACUCCAAGCUGCUCCUGCUGAUCACUGCUAUGCUGGAGCUGGAGAUGUGGUCUGUGAUUUCUGCUCUGGGAGAAAACUGAAAGCACACAAGUCCUGUCUCGUCUGUCUGGCUUCUUACUGUGAGAAACACCUUCAGCCUCAUUAUGAUGUCGCUCCAUUAAAGAAACACAAGCUGGUGGAGCCGUCCAAGAAGCUCCAGGAGAACGUCUGCUCUCGUCAUGAUGAGGUGAUGAAGAUGUUCUGCCGUACUGAUCAGCAGCUUAUCUGUUAUCUCUGCUCUGUGGAGGAACAUAAAGGCCACGACACAGUCUCAGCUGCAGCAGAGAGAGCUGAGAGGCAGAGAGAGCUCGAGGGGAGUCGACAAAACAUCCAGCAGAGAAUCCAGGACAGAGAGAAAGAUGUGAAGCUGCUUCAACAGCAGGCGGAGGCCAUCAAUCUCUCUGCUGAUAAAGCAGUGGAGGACAGCGAGAAGAUCUUCACUGAGCUGAUCCGUCUCCUGGAGAAAAGAAGCUCUGAUGUGGAGCAGCAGGUCAGAUCCAGGCAGAAAAGUGAAGAGAGUCGAGUCAGAGAGCUUCAGGAGAAGCUGGAGCAGGAGAUCACUGAGCUGAAGAGGAGAGACGCUGAGCUGAAGAAACUCUCACACACAGAGGAUCACAACCAGUUUCUACACAACUACCCCUCACUGUCACCACUCAGCCAAUCAGCAUCCAGCAUCCAUAUCCGUCCUCUGAGCUGCUUUGAGGACGUAACAGCGGCCGUGUCAGAAGUCAGAGAUAAACUACAGGACGUCCUGAGAGAGAAGAGGACAAAAGUCUCACUGUCAGGGACUGAAGUGGACGUUUUACUGCCACAACCAGAGCCCAAGACCAGAGCUGGAUUCUUAAAAUAUUCACGUGACAUCACACUGGAUCCAAACACAGUAAACACACAGCUGUUAUUAUCCGAGGGGAACAGGAAAGUAACGUACAUGAAUCAACAACAGUCUUAUUCUAGUCACCCAGACAGAUUCACUAACAGGCCUCAGGUCCUGAGUAGAGAGAGUCUGACUGGACGUUGUUACUGGGAGGUGGAGAGGAGAGGGAGAGUUUUUGUAGCAGUCGCAUACAAGAAUAUCAGCAGAGCAGGGGGGUCGGCUGAAUGUGUAUUUGGAUACAAUGACAAAUCUUGGGCGCUAAAUUGUAACAACAACAGUUAUACAUUUUGGUACAACAAAGUCCAAACUCCCGUCUCAGGUCCUGAGUCCUCCAGAGUAGGAGUGUACCUGGAUCACAGUGCAGGUAUUCUGUCCUUCUACAGCGUCUCUGAAACCAUGACUCUCCUCCACAGAGUCCAGACCACAUUCACUCAGCCGCUCUAUGCUGGACUAAUGGUUUAUCCUGGAGACUCUGCUGAGUUGUUUAAACUGAAAUAAACAGAAGUCAUUUAAGGGUUAAAUUCUGUGUUUUAACUCUUCAACUUAUUCAGGGUUCAACAUUGAGGGUUUCCCGAUGGCCCGGGGCAAAUAAAUAUAACAACCCACCUGCCUGUUGAUCGUAUCAUAACAGACGUCAUCGUUCUCUUGUCCCGUCGGAGAACGCUCCUAAAUUUGAAUGUGCCAUUGGCCAAUCAGGAACUGAGUUGGUGCUUGACACAAGAUGUUUUUAAAAAAAAAAGCUUUUACACUUUUGACGGUUUUAACAUUUUAUAAGUAAUUCUUUACAUUUUAGGACUUUUUUUCUUUUACAUUUGACUUGUUUUCCAAUGAUUUCGACUUUAUAAAAAAAAUAAUUUCACAUUUUUUUCACAAGUUUUCCGAAGUUUGCCAUUUUUUUCCCAAUGUUUUUCUUUACUUUUUCAAUGCUUUUAAAAAACGUUUUUUCAAACAUUCCUCUUUGAGGUUUAAAAAAAGAAAGGGGCCAGUAAAAACUGUCUCCGGACAAGUAGAAACCUUAACGUUGAACCGUGUUAUUUUAGGCUCCAUGUUUGUUGCUGAGAGCUGAUUGUUGAGGCUUUUCUUCGCUGCUCAGAGAUCAGCUGUCAAUCAAACAUUGUGGGCGGUACUUUGACAUCUUGUCAUUAGUUGUUGUGUAAAUGGUUGAGUGUCUUUAGGCGGCGCUCCUUCUUGUGUCUGUUCCACUGCUCAUGAUGAUGUUAGUUGACCUGAACUGAACAUGAAAACUUCUCUGUGCUCUAAAUGUUUGAUGAAUAUUUGUAUCGAUGUAUUUGUAUGUUGUUGUGUCUCAUCCACUGCAUGGCUCUGAAGAGAGAAAGCCCCAGACCUCCUUUAUCCUGCACACUUUCUUCUCUUUAUUUACAUUUAUUUGUUCGUUGGACCAAAUGUUGUUAUCAUAAUCAAGGGUAACUUUGGGUUCAACAUUGUUGGGGUUGAGAUCUCCAACUAUCCAGGGAGGUCCCGGGACAUGUAUGCAUGUAUUGAGAAAAGCAACAAAAACAUUGAAAAAAUUGUAGGAAAAAAGAGACAAAAACCUCCAAAACUCUGUCGAAGAAGAACCUCAACGUCAAAAGAUUACAAAUAUCAGAAAAAGCAACAAAAACUUUGGGAAAAAAGCCUAAAAAAAGGCGACAAAAACUCAGAAAAAAGCAAC